GUUCACAGGAGGAGGACUUCCAGGAGGAUGUUUCUGAGACUAUCCACAUUGAGUCUGUUGAGGGAGCACGCGAUGUGGACAUGACCGUGAUUCAGGAUUCUCCAGCCAAACCUCUUUCCGCAUACAUGGAAAAGUUGUUUCGUGCAGCACGUGGUCGGAUCGUCUGAAAGGGUCCGCUGGUUCGCACCCCGUAUACAAAUCCACUCAGAAGGAGGGCGAAACGACAACUCAUGACGAUUCCAUCCUCUGCGUCACAACGUGAGGAAUCUUUCCUCACAUGGUAUACCAGAGCUGCGGCUUCUGACACACAUGAUGUCUACUUCAUAGGAUCGACGUCGAAGGACAGCUUUUGGAGGCUUGUAGUAGAGUUGCGUGACUGGUUGACCGAUGAUCAUGUGGAUUCCUUUUUGGCUUUAUUACGUCGACAUCAGGCCUAUCGCCAGUCGACUGUCUCACAGCGUUGGACGACUACCCACACAUUCUUUGGAGGCCAUAUUGAGAUGGCUUGGAAGAGUUGGCAGACCACGCCGAUUGACGAGUUUGAGUUUUCGGGGCUCUUUACGAGGAUGGUUGAUGCAACGUACACCUCGGGAUUACUGUACAAACCAUGGGGGAUGGUCGAUCAGGUUUUCAUCCCUAUAAACUUCGAGAACGCACAUUGGGUCGCUGGAAUUAUAGAUUUCCGUGAGUGGACGAUUACGGUAUAUAAUUCGGAGGUAUCAUAUUCGGAGAAUAUAGAAACUCUUGAGCAGCGGAUGCGACCGUAUAUGACAUUCAUUCCCUCGUUAUUAGAGGCGACGAGUGGGCUCCGGUGACUUACUUUGCAUCGAGCGACAGAUGUCCCUUAGUAGGGAGUGGGCUCCGGUGACUGUGGCGUGUUUAUAUUACGAUUUUUUGAGUGUUUGGCGUUGUCACGGAGCUACGGAUUUUCUCGAGAGUCGUCUACCUCUAUGCGUCGACGUUUAGCGGCGCAGUUGUA